ACUCACCCAAAUUCUAACCUAGCUAAUUGCUCCAGACUUGAAAAUUCAUUCUCGUCUUCCUCACGCCGUCGGCCCGUCACGCUCUUCCCUCCGUUCAUCCCUUCGUUCCAGUCACUCAGUCAGCCGCCCAGCCCACCUACUACCGCGGCGCCGUGGGCCCUCGUCGUCUACGACAUCACCAGGAAAGCUACCUUCGAGAGUGUCCAACGAUGGCUUGAUGAGCUUAAAAGUAAGCUUUUUAAUAUUAGCUUCGAAUCGCUCAUCCCUCUACCUCGCGAGACGAGAGUUGCCCUAGGUUGCUGCUCCGCGCGAGUUGCCCAGCCCCAGAUUCAGCUCCGCGCGAGUUGCCCUAGGUUGCUGUUGGUGUCCCUGCCCUCUUUCCCGUUGCUACUCGCCUCUUCUCGCCACAACCGCCGUUGCUGCAAAGAUUUGGUAGAUUUAUUGGUUUAUUGGUUUUUGAUUUAUAGAAUUAUGGCGUCAAUGGGUUCAAAAACCAGUGGUGAUGCUGUGGAUUCAACCCAGCCAUUAGAAAUGGAAACACCAACUGAGCCACAGACAGAACCGACUGAGAUAGCAUCUGAAGCUCAAGCUGAACCAAUCGCAACAGCUCCCACAAAUGCGAUACCCGAACCUCGAUCCAUUGCAUGGGAUAACUUUACAAGAACUAAAGCCAGAGAUAGGGCCAAUUGUAACCACUAUUCUACCUUGAUAACUUGUAAGGGCAAGCAAGGUACAAGUACUAGUGCUAUGUUAAACCAUUUGAGAAGAUGCAAAGCAAAGUUGGAUGAGGUUCAAGAUGAAGAGCGGCCGGGAAAGAGGAUUAAGCAG